AUGGAGCAAUUAUCAGAUGAAGAACUUGACCAUGGUGCCGAAGAAGAUAGUGAUAAGGAAGAUCAGGAUCUGGACAAGAUGUUUGGGGCCUGGCUGGGGGAACUGGACAAACUCACACAGAGUUUGGAUACAGACAAGCCUGUGGCACCAGUGAAGAGAUCACCUCUCCGUCAGGAAACCAAUCUUGCCAACUUCUCAUAUCGCUUCUCCAUGUACAAUUUGAAUGAAGCCCUGAAUCAAGGGGAGACUGUGGAUCUAGAUGCCCUCAUGGCUGAUCUCUGUUCCAUAGAGCAGGAGCUCAGCAGCAUUGGGUCUCAUUCAGCAAAUAAUGCUGCAGUGAAACGCCUUGCCCCAGAAUCCAAAUCUCAGAAACCACCUGCUAGCCGACCUUCUACUAAGCACAGCAGCAUAAAAGGAUUAUCCUCCUCAUCUGGUAAGGUGACUAAACCAUCACAUGCCAACGUAUCUUUGGAUGACAUCACUGCACAGUUAGAGAAGGCCUCUUUGAGUAUGGAUGAGGCAGCUCAACAGUCUGUUGCAGAAGACACCAAACCAGUAGUUACUGCUCAGCACAGGAGGACAGCAUCUGCUGGCACAGUGAGUGAUGCUGAGGUGCGCUCAAUCAGUAACUCCUCCCGUUCCAGUAUAACCUCUGCAGCUUCCAGCAUGGACUCCUUGGAUAUCGAUAAGGUGACGAGACCUCAGGAACUGGACUUGGCAUCACAAGGGCAACCAAUCACUGAGGAGGAACAGGCUGCUAAACUCAAAGCUGAGAAGAUUAGAGUUGCAUUAGAGAAGAUUAAGGAGGCACAAGUGAAAAAGUUGGUGAUCAGAGUCCACAUGUCUGAUGACAGCUCAAAAACAAUGAUGGUGGAUGAGAGGCAGACAGUGAGACAAGUAUUAGACAAUCUGAUGGACAAAUCGCAUUGCGGUUACAGUUUAGACUGGUCAUUGGUGGAAACCAUCUCUGAAUUGCAAAUGGAAAGGAUCUUUGAAGAUCAUGAAAAUUUAGUUGAAAAUCUUCUGAACUGGACAAGAGAUAGUCAAAACAAACUAAUGUUUGUGGAACGUAUAGAGAAAUACGCACUUUUCAAGAAUCCCCAGAACUACCUUCUGGGGAAGAAAGAAACCUCUGAGAUGGCAGACAGAAAUAAGGAGGUGCUGCUAGAGGAAUGUUUCUGUGGAAGUUCUGUAACCGUGCCAGAGAUUGAGGGAGUUUUGUGGCUGAAAGAGGAUGGUAAGAAGUCUUGGAAGAAACGUUACUUUCUUCUUCGAGCUUCUGGAAUCUACUAUGUCCCUAAAGGGAAGGCAAAGGUCUCGCGGGAUCUUGUGUGCUUUCUACAGCUGGAUCAUGUCAAUGUUUACUACGGGCAGGACUAUCGGAACAAAUACAAAGCACCCACAGACUAUUGUUUAGUGCUAAAGCAUCCGCAGAUCCAGAAGAAAUCCCAGUAUAUAAAGUAUCUUUGCUGUGAUGAUGUAAGAACUCUACACCAAUGGAUCAAUGGCAUCCGCAUUGCUAAGUAUGGGAAGCAGCUAUACAUGAACUAUCAGGAAGCACUGAAGAGAACAGAAUCGGCAUAUGACUGGACUUCCUUGUCUAGCUCCAGUAUCAAGUCAGGCUCCAGCUCAUCUAGUUUGCCAGAAUCUCAAUCAAAUCAUUCUAAUCAGUCUGACAGUGGAGUUUCUGACACCCAGCCAGCCGGACAUGUCCGUUCCCAAAGUAUUGUCAGCUCCAUGUUCUCCGAGGCCUGGAAACGAGGCACUCAACUGGAGGAAUCCAGCAAGCCUGCCCCCCCUGGCCCCACCCCCCCGCCAACGUUCCCAAAGCAGCAGAGUUUCUCUGUGAAGCCUCCUCCAUCCCCUCAGUCCCCAGUGCCGUCAGUGGUGAAACAGAUAGUUAGCCAGUUCCCACCUCCUCCCACCCCACCUGCCACUGAGCCCCAGCCUCUGAAACCCCUUCCACUGAGCGUGGCUCCACAGUCGCCUCCAGCAGUGAAGGCAAAGCCCAAAUGGCAGCCUGCUUCUGCUCCCUCCCCAGAUUUCCCCCCUCCUCCGCCAGAGAGCAGCUUAGUGUUUCCUCCUCCACCUCCUUCCCCAGCUUCCUCUGCAGGUUCUCCCCCCCCUGACAAAUCAGGGUCUCCAGUCAAAAAGACCAGCAAGAUAUCAAGCCCCGGAGGGAAGAAACCACCUCCAACACCUCAGCGAAACUCCAGUAUCAAGUCCACCAGCUCCACUGAGUACCAUGAGUCCAAGAGAUCUUCAGUGGACCGCCUUGUCAGCAAAUUUGCACACCCACCAGAGCCGUCAGGGUCUCCUUCCAAGGAGUCAUCGCCUCCUGCAGCCCCUCCAAAGCCAGGAAAGCUGAACCUUUCUGGGGUGAGCCUGCCCAUUGUCCUUCCACAAGGAGGGAUCCCAGUCAAGGCUUCUGCUCUGGGUGUGUCUGGGAAGGAGCCUGUGGUCGAAUUCCCUUCACCACCAUCCGACUCAGACUUUCCACCACCACCACCUGAAAUAGAUCUUCCUCUCCCACCAGUUGAGAUCCCAUCUGUGUUUUCAGGCAGCACUUCCCCAAAAGUCGCGGUUGUCAAUCCCCAGCCUCAGGCAUGGUCAAAACCAUCUGUGAAAAAAGCCCCACCACCCACACGUCCCAAGCGGAACGACAGCACUCGACUCACGCAGGCGGAGGUCGCAGAGCCACCAGGGUCAGCUGGCCCUCAAGUGCCCACUUCACCCAAGUCCAGCCUUAGCGUUCAGCCGGGAUUCCUGGCAGACCUCAACCGGACGCUGCAGCGGAAAUCCAUCACCCGGCACGGCUCCCUCUCCUCCGCGCGGAUGUCCAGAACAGAACCCACAGCCACCAUGGACGACAUGGCCCUGCCUCCGCCUCCGCCGGAGCUGCUGGCUGACCAGCAGAAGACGAGCAGCUUCGGGGGCAGUCAUAUAUCCGGCUAUGCAACGUUACGGAGGGGGCCACCCCCCGCUCCUCCCAAAAGGGAUCAGAACACCAAGCUGUCUCGGGACUGGUAG